AUGGCCGACGACGAUAACUUCGAUAUCGAUAUCUACGGCGAUGGCGAGGGUAUGGACGAAGACAGCAAAGCAUACAUAAAAGUAGAGCAUAGCAGGCAGGCAAAAGAGGAGCACGAUCAAGACGAUCAGAUCAAGACCGAACCAUCUUCGAGCCUCGAAGUAAAGCCGUCUAUCAAGCAAGAAUCUGAGGCACCUUCGACGCCGGCUACAGUGACAACCACAUCGAUAAAACAAGAAGACCUCAAACGAGAACCCGGCGAAGACACAAAGCCUGCGGCGACGAAAUCUCCAGCCACAACCUCCAACCAACCACAGCAAGGCACAAAGCGUCGCAUCGAGUCUGACGAGAGACGUAUAGAUGCCGGCGCCACAAAUGCACUCAUGAUAUCUGAUUUGCACUGGUGGACCACCGAGGACGACAUUCGAUCAUGGGCCAACGACGCUGGAGUCGAGGAUGAAAUGAAAGAUAUAACGUUCAGCGAGCAUAAAGUGAACGGUAAGAGCAAGGGUCAGGCGUACGUCGAGUUCUCGAGUCCACAAGCGAGCACGGCGCUCAAGCAUCGCAUAGAAAGCGGUCUGGUAGGUGGACAGAUUUCAGCCGCGGCCAACAAUCAAAGGAGAUUCAACGUAAUAUUCACGAGCGCGUCAAACAAUCCCUUCAAAACUCUGCCAAAAGAUGCGCCAGCACGAGCCAAGGAGGACCGCAAUCAGAGAGCAGGCUCUACUCCAUACUCUGCACCGCCUAGCCACCAAAACGACAACUAUAGGGGAAAUAGUGGCUACCGUGGACGCGGCGGUUUUGGCGGAAGAGGUCCAAGCAUGAACGGCAGCCCUGGUGGCUUCAACAACCAGCAGUUCCAGCAGAACGGCGGCAUGGGCAUGAUGAGUAAUUUUGGUGGUGGCGGCGCAAACUUCAAUCCCCGUGGCGGAGGAUUCAGCGGUGGCAGAGGCGGUAUGGGAGGCAACAUGCGAGGAGGGCGAGGAGGUGGACAAAUGAACGCGAAUCCCAUGGCUAUACCUAUGGGCAUGAACAUGGGAAUGGGUAUGAUGGGAAUGAAUCCCAUGAUGGCUGGAAUGGGCGGUCCAGCAUUUGGAAAUGCACAGUUCAAUCCUGCUAUGUUUGGAGGGAAUCAGGGCAUGAAUAUGAAUAUGAACAUGAAUAUGAACGGUGGUGUUGGGGAUUGGGGCCAUGGUCCGAAAAGGCAGCGGCAGGAUUGA